AUGGCAAGCAAAGUUCUGCAGGAGCAAGUGAGGUGCAUGAUGAUCAACGAUGAAGGUGCAGAUCUGUGGGAGAGACUUUAACUGAUUGAUGAAAUUGAACGGCUAGGAUUAGGCUACCGUCUCGAGAAGGAUAUAGCAAAAACAACAUGGCUAUCAAGUCUUCCAAGUUUCAAGUCAAGUGUAUACGAGGAUGUGAAGGAAAUUUUGAGCCUCUAUUAAGCUUCCUAUUUGGAAUAUAAAGGAGAAAACAUCUUGGACAAGGCUAAGGAAUUCACAAGAAAUCAUAUAAGGAAAGUUAGGGAAGAAGAAGACAUGGACCAAAUGAUUGUCAAAGAAGUAAAUCAUGCGAUAGAAACUCCAUUAAACCGCAGGAUGAAAAGGCUGGAAGCUCGAUGGAGUAUUGAAGCUUAUAGUAAAAAACAUGAUGCAAAAUCAGAAGUACUUCAACUCGCUUCUCUGGAUUUCAAUAUGAAGCAAUGGGAUGUGAAGAAUGUUGAAAACCUUCCUGAUUACAUGAAGUUGUUUUUCCCAUUACUCUACAACACCAUCAAUGGUGUGGUUAAUGAAAUUCUCAAGGAGAAAGGAGAAAUUGUUCUUCCUUAUCUCACAAAAGCGGUUCUGGAUCUUGGUCCUCUUGAUCUGAAAUAG